UCAACUUCCUCAAACACACAACUAUCAAACAGCACACAGCCAUGGAACACUACGCACCCCAUCCAAGCUCUCAAUUCGAGGGCUUCUACUCCAAAUUCGACCUGGAGAGCGGCGCUCACAUCGCCCUCAUCAUCUGCUCAGUCCCCAAAGCAAAAACACGCCCACAUAUGGUCUCAUUCACAUACUACCCCAAGACCAGCUCUCCAAUAUUCCAACGCGAAGAAUUCGUGGACAGUAUCGAACGAAAUACUACAGACCCAAAGACCAAUGCCUUCGAGCUCCGCAUCCCAGGAAUAGGCUACAUGGCCACCCACGCCAACGGGACAACAUCCUACCGUCUGAACGCACCCGAAUGGACCUUCGAAGCAGACAGCACCUCAGUCACCCAGUGGCGAAUAGAUAAAUCCACGCCCGAGGGCUGGAUGAUCAAUCUCCCGUUCCCGCUGCACUGGCACGUGCACAGCACUUGCUCGCCGUGCACAUUCUCUCUCUCAAUUCCUCCGCUCGGCGACCAGCAUCCUGAAGUAGAUCGAAAGGGCAGGGGACAUAUACAUCAAGAGAAGAACUGGGCGAAUAGUUUUCCAGACGCGCAUAUGUGGGUUCAGGCCUUUGAUGUGCAGGAAAUGAAGGGUGUGUGUCUUGCGGGCGGGAAGAUUAUGGGACAGACGGCGUAUAUGCUGGGGUAUCGGUCGAACGACCUCGUUCUAGACUUCGUUCCCCCGUUUUCGGUGUCGUAUCUUAAUAUACCGUGGUUGAGUCCGUUUAUGAGCGUGGAUAUUAAUUGGGAGGAGCGAAGUUUCAGUAUAUCAGUGAGCGAUUACGUCAACAAGCUCGAACUCAAGGCGCAGGCGCCGAAAGGAACGGGUUGGUUCGGGCUGGCAAGUCCUUUCCCAGAUGGCCAUCGUCCGAAUUUCUGUCAAGAAAGCUUUAUCGCGACGAUAGAUGUCAAGAUCUACGAGAGUGAGGGGUGGUUGCCGUGGCAGGGGUGGAGGCAGAUCAAGGAAGAGAGGUUCGAGAAUGCGAGUUUGGAGUUUGCUGGAGGGUAUUACCCUGAGAGGGGGGAGUCGAAGGAGGAGUAGAUGGUGUGAUGAAUGGUUCCUUUGAACAAGGCUACUUCUACGCACACGACACUACAGGGUAUCCUAGAAAUCAAC